CCACUCUGCUGUAUCCUCUUCAUUUCCUAUUUCAGUAUGGGAAUUUUCUCAAGCCUGUGCAGGGGAGUUGGAAACACUCUUAUUAGGAUUAUAUGUGGGAUUUGUUUCAGCUCAACAACUGAUGAUCAAGAUUUUGACACAUCAACACCAGAUCACCAUGGUCAUGCUGUCUCCCAACCUACUAAUAGUGUUUCAGCUCUGGCUCUUGAUCUUUUUCACUUUGAGAACACUUGUCAGGUUCCUGAACAGCUCAGUGAGCAUGUAACAUCAUCAAAGAAAGCUCAAGCUAGAUGGUACAAAAAACUAUUCAAGGCAUGGAAAGAUGCAAAGCCACCAACAAAAACACCUGAACAAGCAUCUAGGCUUGUCAUGCAGGCUUUGCACCAACACCAAAAGGCCGAUGUAGAGGGUUUAUUAAAAUUUUAUGGUCUUCCGAUUCUACAUGAGCACCGGACUGAAAUUCCUGCAGUAGUAGUCUUUCCUCCUGAAGAAGUGAAAUUCAAAUUACAGACAGUUCCGGUGGAUGCAAAAGCUGUUGAUGGGGAUGGGUUAACUGUUUAUGUUGACGCUGCGGACCAUAAGGAAGCUCUCAGUGUGCCAAGCCAUGUAUUAGAGGCAUUAUUAGAACGAUCAAAAGCACGUACAUCCAGGGAUUAUCCGAAGGCAGAUGCACUUCAUAAGACCACUAUUGAUGCUGGUUACAGAAUGUUAAAAGGCUCAAACAAUGUGGAUAUUCUUGCCAGAAAGUAUCGGAUUCGGUUGAGGGGCAUUGAUGCACCAGAGAACAGACAACCCUUUGGAAAAGAGGCCAAGGAAGAACUUGCUUACCUAGUUCAAGGCAAGUGUUUGAAUGUUCAUGUUUACGGGGAGGAUCAGUAUGGUAGAUUGGUAGGAGACGUUUAUUGCCAUGGAAAAUUUGCACAGGAAAUAAUGCUUAAGAAAGGGCUUGCCUGGCAUUAUGCAGCCUAUGACAAGCGUCCUGGACUCAUAGAGUGGGCGAGGAAAGCUAGAGCUGCUGGGAUUGGAUUAUGGGCAUCUUCGGAUCCUAAAGAGCCAUGGGAAUGGAGGAAAAACAACAGUCGCAAUGGAAAACUAGACAAACUGAAUUGAGGAUUUGGUGUCUUUGUAAUAGGAUUAUAAACAUUAACAAAGAUGUUCUUGCUAAAAAACA